GUGGUGAAAUUUUACGAAAUAAGGUGCCAUUAAAACUGAGGAAGAAAGUUGUCGUUCCACAAUUCUUCUGGAAAGCAGUUUGUGAUCCAGUGGCAAAGCAGUCGAUAGUUUUCGUAGCUAAAAAUCCCUCUGGAGUAGAAGGUACCACAAAACAAAGAGGAUGCUCCAUUGCAGGUGGUGUGAUAAGAAUGACACCAGUUAAUGGAAUCAUCAACUGUUACAGUUUGGAUGGUCUGAAAAGAAGAAAAGAAGCACGGUAUUUCAAGUUGCCUUCCUUUGGCGACGCUUGUAAUCCGUCUCAGAGAAGCAGGUUCUUGGAUCAAUAUCUACGUG